AUGGCGGAGCUGCGGGCCUGGGCAGGAUCCAGUGAGUUCCGCAGGGCCCCAAUCCGCACUGCGUCCCGCAGGGCCCCCACCAGCACUGCCAUGCCCGUCAGGGUGAGCCAGAGGUGCCAGGAGCAGCAGGAGAAGAGAACAAAGCCAAUGAAGCCUGCAGGGAGUGAACAGAAUCCUUGCAAUGCUGUUUAUCGGCGACCCUACAGAGACAGGGUGAUUCAUUUACUUGCUCUGAGGGCUUACAAGAAGCCAGAGUUGCUUGCUCGCUUGCAGAGAGAUGGAGUCAUGCAAAAGGACAAGGGCAGCCUUGCAAAGAUCCUUCAGCAGGUGGCCAAGUGGAAUGCAAAGGAUAAUUCCUUCAGUCUGAAGGAAUAUCUCUUUCAAAGCCUUCAGACUGAUUGGCCUGGCUACACUGAAAUAGACAGACAGAAUUUGAAGUUAAUCCUGUCUGGAAAAUCAACUCCAUCUCAGAACACCACCAACACCAGCCAAGCGACAUCUCCAGGGCCUUCUGAGAGAGAUGCUCCAGUAGGACCUGCUCAGCCAACGGAGAAAUUUCCGAGUUCCAGCGUCCCAGCACCUGCCAGGGAGCAGAAGGAGAUCCCCAAUUCAAAUGGGGAGAAAAAUGAAUUGGGGAGGCUGAAGCAGUGGCACCGCUUGGAUUUCGAUGAAGGUAUUGAUGUGCUGGUGUUCCUGACUCCUGUGUGGAUAACUGAGGUAAAAUACAUAGCCAUUGUCUCCUUGGAGCAACGCCAGCGCUACAAGGAUGACUUCAAUGCAGAGUAUGAAGAAUACCGGAAUUUACAUUCUCUGAUUGGCAAGACCGUGAAGAAGUUCAGACAGUUUCAGGAGCAAUGGAAGUGUCUGACUCCAGGCUCUGAAUCCUAUCAGGCACUGCAUCAUCGAAUCCUAGCAGAUUAUCAGCAGUUACAACAGGGUAGUCCCAGGUACUCUGAAAUGAAGAGCAGGUGCCUGUACCUCCACAACAAGCUGGCCCAUAUUCAGAGCCGCAUUUCUGAAUUUGACCAGCUGUGA